GCCCGCUCAUGCGCAGACGUAAUUUUUGUCUUUUUCAUUCACAAUGGCGGUGAGUGAUGCCGAGAAGUCAUGGAAGAAACAAAGAAACACGAAAAAGGAGCCUAAAGAUGCGUCAAAGAACGUAAUGCGGGAGGUUAGAAUCCGCAAAUUAUGUUUAAACAUUUGUGUUGGAGAAUCUGGUGACAGAUUAACUCGUGCUGCUAAGGUGUUGGAGCAGUUAACUGGGCAACAACCAGUUUUUUCAAAAGCCAGAUAUACUGUUCGUUCCUUCGGCAUCCGUAGAAAUGAAAAGAUUGCAGUACAUUGCACCGUACGAGGUGCCAAAGCUGAAGAAAUUCUUGAACGAGGCCUUAAGGUUCGAGAAUAUGAAUUAAGGAAAGAAAAUUUUUCUGGCACGGGAAACUUUGGCUUUGGAAUUCAAGAACACAUUGACUUGGGUAUUAAGUACGACCCAAGUAUUGGUAUUUAUGGUCUGGACUUCUACGUUGUUCUUGGACGACCUGGCUUCAACGUAGCUCAUAGGCGGCGAAAAACGGGGAAAGUUGGCUUCCCCCACAGAUUGACAAAAGAAGACGCGAUGAAAUGGUUCCAACAGAAAUAUGAUGGAAUUAUUCUUACAGGAAAGAAGUAAUUUACAUUUGUAUAUUACAAAAUUUAAUAAAUAAUAAAAAUAAAAACCAAAAAAUUUGCGAA